AAAACUCGCCUUUCUUUUUCUUCGCUCUUCCCGCCCCGCGCGCCAUUCAGACAGACGCCGCUCCACAGGUCCACAGAGCACGCCCACGUUCCGCCCCGCAACAUUCUCGCCACGCCGACGCCCCAAAACCCCAGUCAGCCCGCCGGCUCGUACCGCACAGCGAAUCGGACACGUCUUUUGCCGUGCGCGCCUGCGCGGGGAUGGCCACGCCGAUGUCCCGCCCUCGCCCGCGCGCGGCGCGGGUGGCGGUGUCCGAGAUACCGCUCGCCACGAGGCGGGCGAGGUUGCAGCCGCCCGUGCGGCCUGCGGACGCGGGGCCCGGCGCGGAGCCCGCCGUGCCGAGCCACUUCCUGUGCCCGAUCUCGCUCGACUUGAUGCGGGAUCCCGUGACGGCGCCGACGGGGAUCACGUACGACCGGGACAGCGUGGAGGGGUGGCUGGAACGGGGCCACGCCAUGUGCCCCGUGACCGCCCGCCCGCUGCGGGUGGAGGAGCUCAUCCCGAACCACGCCACGCGGAGGAUGAUCCAGGAGUGGUGCGUCGCCAACCGCGGCCUCGGGGUGGAGCGCGUGCCCACGCCCCGCGUCCCCGUCUCCGCCGCCGAAGCGUCCGAGCUCCUGGCGGCCGUGUCCGCAGCCGCGAGGCGAGGGGACGGGCUGGCGUGCCAGCAGCCGGCGGCCAGGGCCAGGGCUCUCGCGAAGGAGAGCGAGCGCAACCGCCGGUGCUUCUCGGCCGCGGGAGCCGCCCGCGCACUCUCGUCUGCGUUCUCUCACCUCGUUGAACAACCGGCUGGGACGGCGUUGACCACGUCCGGCGCACUGGAGGAGAUCUUGACCUCGCUAGUCGUGUUCUUCCCUCUCGACGAGGAGUCCAGGCGCUGCAUUGCCUCUCCGGCAUCGCUGAACGCCGUCGUCUCAAUCCUGUCCCACGGCGAAGUGGCCGCUCGGGUCAGUGCCGCCGUCGUGCUCCGCGAGAUCGCCUCGUCAUCGGACAGCCAGUGCCUCGACGCGAUGUCCAAGACCAACGGCGUGUACGAUGCGCUCAUCAGGCUCUUGGAGAAGCCCAUGUCGCCGCAGGCCACCAAGGCCGCGCUGGUCACCGCCUACUACCUUGUCACAAACACCUAUCGUGCGGCCUCGCGCUUGGUCGACCUCGGCAUGGUGCAGCUCCUCGUCGAGCUUCUAGUCGACUCCGACAAGGGCAUGACGGAGAAGACGCUCGCGGUGCUGGACAGCCUGUUCCUCACGGAGGAAGGCCGCGACAAGGCGUACGCGCACGCAUUGGCCGUGCCGGUGCUCGUGAAGAAGAUGCAGCACGUGUCCGACAUGGCGACGGAGUUCGCCGUGUCGGCGCUGUGGCGGCUGUGCAAGAACUUCUCCGACGAGGGACGGUGCAAGGCCGAGGCGCUGCAGGUGGGUGCGUUCCAGAAGCUGCUGCUGCUCCUUCAGGUCGGCUGCAUGGGUGCGACCAAGGAGAGGGCCAGCGAGCUGCUCCGGCUUCUGAACGGAUCGAGAGGCAGCGUCGAGUGCAUCGAGACGGUUGAUUUCAAGGGGCUCAAGAGACCCUUUUGAGUGUGCAGAGACUAGGCUAAGAAUUGAGAUGUGGAUACAAGAUACAUAUACGAUCAGGCUUAGGAACUUUUCUCAUUUUCUUUUUCGGAAGAAUUGCACCUCCUCCCUGUUCAUGGCCAUUCUGCAGUGAUAUACACGAUCAUACAGCCGAAAAAUAAGAGCGUUGCUAUUUGUCA